CUGAGCGGACUCGCCCCCUUGCCCUUCCCCAAAACUGCCCUUGGUUGCGGCGACGCUGCCCCUGUUGCUGCGCCGCCCCUCUCUCAGUCCGAUGCUCUCUCUCCUCACCGUACCGCUCGGCCUGCCCUUCAUUGGAGGCAGGCUGAACCACAUCGGCGGCUUGGCGGGCGGAACGUCGGUGGCGGCGGUGACCAGCUCGCCGCCGCCAAAGCAAGGCGGCGGCACGAGCGGAGGGCACUCGCUGGGCUGUGGAAAUUUCUGCGGGCAGGGCUGGUGCAACGGCGGGCACCACAGCGAGUGGGACGCGGACGGCAACCACUGCGGCCCUCACUACGGGCCUCCACAGAUGACAAGGAGCGGCAGGCCGUCGUGCGCCGAUAGCUGCUGCCGAUCUCACGACAUCUGCUGCGCGCCUGGCGGCAAUAAUCCGCCCUUCUCCACCAUGCUGACCAAGAGCUGCAACCGCGAGAUGCUCAAUUGCCUCUCCCACUGCGUCUCGAGCGAUUCGUCCUGCACGUCGACCGGCAGCUUCAAGUUUGGCGUCUCGGUCUCGAUGGUCUCGAUGGCGAUGGGGAUGGCCCAGGACUGGUGCUGCGGCCACCCGUGCCCAACUCCGGCGGAGCUUCAAGCCGCGUCGGCGCGCAAGCACGCCUCGACCGCGGGGGUCGCCGCGGCACCAGCGGUGACGGCCCAGCAGGCGCACGCUCCAGUCGUUUCACGCCGCCCGCCGCCUCCGAGCCCGAGGCCUCCUCCUCCAGCUCGCCGCCGCCCCGCCUACGGCUACGGCCGGUGGGGCACCGGGUGGGGCACCGCCAACACGCACUAUACCGGCUUUGGGCUCGUUGCCGAGGCCGCAGCAAGCGUGCCGACCGCCGGCGGGCCGGGCGGGCUGACGCUACUCUUGGCCGGCCUUGCUGGCUUUGUGCUCGCCGUCGUCGUUGUGGUGAAGAAGGGGCUCCGCAAGGCGGGCGCGGGCGAGGGCUCGGCGGCGGCGGAGCUCUAUUAGAGGUUGAGGGCAGACAGGCUGGUCAGGCCUUCCCGUUCGGGCCGUUGUGAGUGUUCUGUAGUGGUCGUGGAUUGUGUGCCGUGCGUGUCGUCUUGUGUAUGAUAGGAUACAGUGUAUGUCUGUGUGUAAUGUGAUC